AUGGCGCCUCAACCCACGGGUGUGCCCACCAUCCAAGCGACCCACGAGACCGAGCCAUCACUCCCCGGAACCUCGGACCACCAAGUGGCCUGCGUUGCAUCCGCCCCGCUUAGCCCCACUCGAAUGCUCCGGGACCUCGUGGAAGCAGAAGAAGGCGGCUGCCGAGGGGCGGAGAGGAAGCUCCGCUCCCGGCGCGGAGGUCGCAGCCGGCCCAAGAACGAACUGGCGCUGAGCAAGCAGCGGCGGAGUCGCCGCAAGAAAGCCAACGACCGCGAGCGCAAUCGCAUGCACAACCUCAACUCUGCGUUGGACGCGCUGCGGGGCGUGCUCCCCACUUUUCCCGACGACGCGAAGCUUACCAAGAUCGAGACGCUGCGCUUUGCGCACAACUACAUCUGGGCGCUGACGCAGGCGCUGCGCAUAGCUGAUCACAGCUUGUACGGGCCAGAGCCGCCGGCGCCUCCCUCUGCGGAGCUGGGCAGCCUGGACGAUGGUUCCUCCGGGGAUUGGGGUUCCCUCUACUCUCCAAUCUCCCAGGCUGGCAGCCUGAGCCCCGCUGCCUCACCCGAGGAACGCACAGGGCUGCUUCUGAUGCCCACCUCCCCCACAGGCCUGUGCUCGGGCGCUUUGGCUUUCUCGGACUUUUUGUGA